GUUCCAGCAGAGCAUCUCUCUCCUUCGGCUCUCCCUCUCUCUCUCUCUCUACACCGCCCACUCCUCUCGCCGCCGCCUCGCCGGCUUCUUCGCCUCAUUCCAUCGCCCGCUGAUCCUUUCUGCAUUUUGUUAGGCAAGAAGAAACCGCGCAUUUUGGAUCCCCCCCAAAAAAAAGAAUUCUCACCAUGGCGAGCACCGAGGAUAAAUCGGCAAACAAGGAGAUCACAUCCAGCUGGAAGGACUCCUUCUACAACCCGAGGACCGGGGAGGUGAUGGGUCGCACGGCCAGCAGCUGGGCCCUCAUCCUGUUGUUCUACCUGGUUUUCUACUGUUUCUUGGCCGGUAUGUUCGCCCUGACCAUGUGGGUGAUGCUGCUCACUCUUGACGACUACGUGCCAAAGUACCGAGACCGCGUUCCCUAUCCAGGGUUGGUGAUUCGUCCAAAUGCACUGGAUAUGUCGUUCAACAAAUCCGACCCGCUCAAGUAUGCAGAGUAUGUCCAGCACCUGGAGACCUUCCUGCGAAGAUAUAAUGAUACAGAGCAGGAGAAGAACGAGGACUGCCCUCGAGGGGAGUAUUUCAUGCAGGACGACACCGAGGACAUGACAAAGAAGGCUUGCCGCUUCAAGAGGGGCUUCCUGAGUCUCUGCUCUGGACUCUCUGACACCAACUUUGGAUAUUCUGAGGGCAAACCCUGCAUACUGCUGAAAAUGAACAGGAUCAUUGGCCUGAAGCCUCGCGGGGAUCCCUACAUCAACUGCACAGUAAAAAGAGACACCCCAAUUCAAAUGCAGUAUUUCCCCAGCGAGGGGCGCAUUGAUAAGAUGUAUUUCCCCUACUACGGCAAGAAAGCCCAUGAGUCUUACGUCCAGCCCCUGGUGGCCGUGAAGCUGCUGCUCACCAAGGAGGACUACAACAAGGAGCUGACGGUGGAGUGCAGGGUGGAGGGCACCGACCUGCGCAACAACGACGAAAGGGAUAAGUUCCUGGGCCGCGUCACCUUCAGGAUCAAGGUGGUCGAGUAAAGGAGAAGACGGCCUGUGAAAAAAAAAAAAAAGCCAACCCGAUGCAGAGGCUGCCCACGUUCGCUAAGGAUUUAUGUUUUAAAAAUGAAAUUAUACGAGGAAGGAAGUGUCACAAUACGUCACAAAGGCGGUAUUUUUUGGGAUGUGGCCAAACAGUUUGAUGUAGAUAGGAGAGCCAGAUAGAUGCAGAUAUUUGAAUGUUGCUUUGCUGACACUUUCUGACCCUUCUUUCCUUCCUGAUCUCGUCAAAGAUCAAAGACCCAGGCUCUGCUCCGGACCCCAUCCAUCCUUUCAUUCACCUGUUGCACUGAUCCUUCUUCAUUCAGUUUAUCAUUACAUGUGUUUUUUGUUUUUUUUAGUAUUGAUGUGAUUAGAUAACUUAUAGCUAUUGCAACCAAGCCAUUUGGAGCUGUUGUGUAAUUGCGGAUACUACUUUUAUGUGUUUUUUUAAUUAUUUUUUUUAGAUCUUUCUGCUGUCAGGAAGAGUGUUUAUUCUCAUCUCUGCAAACUGUAUGAACGACUGUAUAUUAUCGCUGGCGUUGAGAGGAUUUUUAUCUUGCUGUAUAGUGUAAUUGAGAAGGUAGAACAUUUCCAAACACAUCUCCAGAGUAUUUCACAUUAUCACAUUACAAAGACUUCAUAGGAACGUACCUUGAUAAUCAAGUAUAGCCACUGUAUUCCUGUAUAUGAAAUGCCAAUUACAAAGUCCCUUUCUACAUAUAAAUACAUUGUGAUCCUUACCAUAUUUAGGGAAUUAUAGAUAGAUCUUUGUGUUGUGGUCUGCGUAGCCACAACCCAGUCUUGUGCUAUCUGUCUGUCUGUAUGUCUGCCUGCAUGUCCGUCUGUCUGUCUGUCUGUCUGUCCGUCCGUCUUCCUGUUUACUCACCUCUCCACUGCAAUAGCCAACAUGUGGGUGAGCCCUCCAGGACAAGAUAAGUUGUCUCGCUCCACCUCGCCGGGUGCUGGGCUGGGUAGUGAUGUUGGCUGAGGUGACACACACACACACACACACACACACACACACACAAGAAGGUACAGUGUAAAAAAAAAAUGCUUUCAAGGCGGAGAGGCCCUGCAAAAACAAAAAGGUUCACUGUAAGUCUGAACUGUAUAUCUCUACGUGAUCUGUAUAUCUAUCUGGGUCUCAAAGAUUGUUAAGUUUUCUCUCUUCUCUCAGCCUGUUGAUCUGAUUGUCUGCCAAUCUAUUACUCUUCUAUGUAUAUGUAUAUACACACUAUCUACCAUAUUUACUUCAUUCACACUGUAUUUUUGUCACAAAACACAAUGUCUGUGCACUGUAAAGAAAUAAUUUAAGCAAAGAUUUACAGGAAAUUAUCUUAUUCAAAGCUAUGUUUACACAGUCUUGAAAGGAACCCGCAUUUGAAAGACCAACUUGUAACAUCUCUUCAGGGUGCCUUAAGACCCGAUGAAAUAAAUUGUGGAAUAAAAGUGAUUUUGAAGAAAAACAA